GGCGCCUGCGCAGAGCGGCGCGGUGCGGCAAGAUGGCGGACAAAGAGAAGAAGAAAAAAGAGAGCAUCUUGGACUUGUCUAAGUACAUCGACAAGACGAUUCGGGUGAAGUUUCAGGGAGGCCGCGAAGCCAGCGGCAUCCUGAAAGGGUUCGACCCACUGCUCAAUCUCGUGCUUGACGGCACCGUGGAGUACAUGAGAGACCCCGAUGACCAGUACAAGCUCACAGAGGACACGCGUCAGCUGGGCCUGGUGGUGUGCAGGGGCACCUCCGUGGUGCUUAUCUGCCCGCAGGACGGCAUGGAGGCCAUCCCCAACCCCUUCAUCCAGCAGCAGGAUGCCUAGUGGCCGGAGGCUCGGGCCUCGGCCGCUGGAGGACUCGGAGCUGCCCUCCCCCGCAUCACGUGCCACCGCAGGAACGGAACUCUCCUUUUUAUAUAGGUUGUUUUGUUUUCUUAAUAAAACUGCAAACCUCAA